AUGGCGGACGACUACGAGAAUUGGCCGGUGAACGUCAGUUCGGGCAAUAAGCCAGCCCUUCGACCGACGCUCAAGAAAGCCGACAGCACACUUACAAAUUUCAACGCUGUAUCGAAGGAGGCACUUGUGGGGAUCUUUCUGGACUUUGAUAACAGAAACUAUCCGCUGUCUCUGAGCGACACUGAUAUCAAGGGCAAAGUGACCGCCGCACAGAAGGCUAAGUUGAAAGAAGAGGUUAAUAGGCAGAAGGAGAUCGCGAAGCUAAAUAAGAAGCUGAAGGAAGAGGAACAGAAGACAGAGCGAGAGAAGAAGCGUAGCGCGAACGCAGCAGCAAGGUCUGAAUUAGAACAGAAGAAGGAGACGACCACGGUGAGGCCUGCGAAGACCAAGGCCAGCGCUCAAGAAGAUGAAGCUACCCCGAUCGACGGCGAAGCAGCGGAUCGAGAUCAAGACGGAGAUGUGCGUAUGACGGGAGAUGAGGAUGCGGCGGAGGCAGUACCAUUGGUCGAUCCGACAGCGGAGGCGGUGUCUAGUCCCGUCGACGGCGGGGGCAAGCGCAAGCGUCCUGCCACAGUGAGUCCAUCUGACACCAAGCGGGCACGUACCGACCGACCGAAGACAUCGUUGAUCGUGAAGUUGAAGUUGAAGUUGUCGACUACGGAUGGAGUGGCGACUGGCGGCAUGCAGACUGCGACACAAGGUCUUGGUGCUCGUAAGCGUCCGAGACAAGCUGCUGGAGACACGCGCACAGCAAACACCCGGCGCACCCUUAAGAACCCAGGUUCGAGGCUACAGCAUGGCGUGGCAUCUCCUCGUGAGCUCGCAGAAUCCAUGGAAGGCAGCAAGAACGACCCGGACGAUGCGGUCGUUGAAGCGCUGGGCGAUGUAUCCGGCACCGUUCCUCCCACCAACGCACCCGAGAAGCUCCCGUCCCGACACCAUCCGCAACGUACCACCAGGAAGAUGGCAAAAGCGCCAGUCGUGAGUGAAGACGCCGCUGCCGAGGACAUAUCCGAUGAAAACGAGCGAUUGUCCGAAGGGGAUACUGCAUCCGACGCUGCAUCGGCAGAGAACACCGAAGACACGCCUGGUCAUACAGGGCCGAUGCUACCUGAGGAAGAGUGGAUUGACUAUGAUGACGACUCGGUAUCGCCAUACGAUGAGGUAGCGGCGCGGACUAUAGUCGCAGAGAAGAGUGGCAAUCUAGGCUCUAGCCGUGAUCCUAACCUCGUUAUUGGCUUCAAGGGUACACACAGGGUCGACGGUUAUAUGCAUAUCCCUCUGCUCUAUUGGGCGAAGCAGAUGAAUCCCGACACUCUGGAUUCCGCACAGUUGGUGCUCUACAAAGUGCAGAAGAAAGAGUGGGAAAGGCAGGAUGCACUCAUGGCGGGAAAACCGGCUCCGAAAAAAGUGGUCAAGCCCAAGCGGAAACGCUGGGCUGAUGUGUAG